AUGUCAGAUUUCAAACUGAGAGAAGUCAAUGGUGACUUAUUUUCGGCAGGUCCCGAGUAUUCCAUGUGUCAUUGCGUCGCCGCCGAUCUGCGCAUGGGCAAGGGCAUUGCCGUCAAGUUUCGUAAUAAAUUUGGCAAAGUUGCUGAAUUGCAAAAGCAAAAUGUGAAACCAGGCGGCGUGGCUAUCCUGAGAGAUAAUGGACGCUACAUUUACUAUUUAAUAACGAAGCUGAGCAGCUGGGGCAAACCCACCUAUGAGCUGCUCCACAGCUCCCUAAGUGCCAUGCAACAGCAUAUGGCUGCACAUAAUGUUACCAAGUUGGCUCUGCCAAGGAUUGGCUGCGGCCUGGACGGUCUUCGCUGGAGUAAAGUACGAGAAAUGCUGGCAGAGAUAUUUCAAUCGAAUUCUAUUGAAUUGAAAGUCUAUAAUUAUGCACCACCAUCAAAUAAAUAGAGGAACUAGAGUUUGUGAACAAUAAA